AGGGGCGCAGGCGGGAGGCGGUCGCGCCACAAUGUGGCCGAUGAGUGGCCUCGCGCGCCCGUUGGUCGGCCAGCAUGAUAAUUCCGAGGGGGCGCUCGCGGGAGAACGUGCCGCCGCCCUAGAUAGUAAACCCGCCCGCCGCCUUUGCUGGGUGGUUUUGAUUGCGAGCGGGUCAUGCGGGAAACUGGGGGGCCCGACAAUCCGAACGAAAAGGGCUGCUGGCUGAGUGCCGCGAUUCAAAUGUUGCGAGCGAUGCUGGCAGUGAGUGUUGCAGAGAAUGCAUGUCUGUCGCCGGCCCUGCCUCGUCCCCCCCCCUCGUUGGCUGCAUGCGUUCACCCGCUAGCGCCUCCGCGGCGCGCGCCGGGUCGCCGGGCAGCGGUUGUUAUUAAUUUCGUUGCGCCCGCUUGGCCUCUCCCUCGGGCCGCUGGCUGACUGUGCA